UUUUUCGUGCGAUCAAUUUCCCCACAAUGGAACGAAUCGUCGCUCUUCAAGCUCUGCCUUCUGCCUGGUCUUCUUACUAUUAUCAACGAGGUACUAGUACCACGUACUCGUAAGUCGUAGGCUGAUUGCCGGCGCCUCUCAGCUGACAGGGCCGUCGCUCGCUCUGGGGUGAUGGGGUCCGACUUUAAUAGCUCGACUUGUUCGGCUCGCUUAGCCCCCAGCUUUGUUGUUAGAGACGGAGUGGACUUCAAUUGUUGGAGAAGACGGGAUUGUUACAUAACGAAUUUCGUAGCGUACUACUACGGCCCCGGGAAGCCCGCAGUCACGGACGACGCUCCAUGCCUCGGCAACUUUUUGGGUUGUCAUGUAUCAUGGUGGUUCCUGUUGGAACCGGUCUCGAGGAAACUAAAGGAACCCCUCCACCAACACAAAUGCCAGUACUCUGACAGCCCACAACAAGACCACGAAGAGUUUUUUUUUUUUUUUUUUUUUUUUUUACAUGGCCUGUGCGAUUCUACUGUUAUAGUACCGGUCUUCUUCUCUGCGGCACACUGUCAGCAGCGCGCCAUCCAUUUCGAGCCGUCGGUCGACCUGCCAGUGCCACCCCCAGCCCAGCCGCCAGCUGAAGGAUCUCGUUGUUGCUGUUCGCCGUCGUUGGGGCUGGAUUGCGGCACCAACACAACUGCACUGCGCUGCAGUUCUGUACAAUACGCAAUAGAGCAUACAACUGCAGAUAGCUGUGCCGCUCUGAUCGUCGAGCCGCUGAAUAAGGGGGGCAAAAAUAGGCACGCCAAAAAAACCCCCCAAGGGACUGCAUAAGAAUGGCGCAACAACUCGAGGGCUACGCGGCCUACAAGCACUACCUGGUCACGUCGGCCGGCCCGUUUGUCGCGCACGUCGAGAUCAACCGGCCGGCCAAGCUGAACGCCUUCCUCGAGGCCAUGUGGCUGGAGCUUCGGCUGCUGUUCCAGCAGCUCUCAGCCGACCCCGAGGUGCGGGCCGUUGUGCUGUCCGGGGCCGGCGACCGCGCCUUCACGGCCGGGCUCGACG